AUGAUAGCAUUCCAACUGACCAGCAAUGACACGUCUCGUGUGGGUCAUCCUACUGAUGAGCAGAACAGUUCUACCAUGGACAGCGUUCCUGAUGGUGUAAUUAUCGACGCUGACGUGGAGUUUGGAGACAAUGAACCAUAUCAAUCCAAAAUCCCAGGAUUAGUUGAUCUCUUAAAUCCGAUAACACUGACUAUUGUGGGUAUUGCAACCUUGGUGGGAGUUGUAUGCAUCGUUGUGUUGCUGUGGCUUUGGGUUAAAAAGCUUCGCCAAAAAACGUUUAUGGAUACACCUUUCUCUAACACAGAUGAAGCAAAAACCACAAACUCGGCACCCGUCUCCAGAUCUGCAUCUCCAAAGUUGAGCAAACAGAAAUCAUGCCCCGCCUCUCUGUCAAUCAUCAGCUGCAGAAAUCACACAGUGAAGUCUGAGUGUAUUCCAGAAAUUACUGUUACAAGUGAGCACGUUCAACCUGGCAUCCCAUAUUACUCAACUGGGCCAGCGUUUUUUCUCGGCAAUGACCAAACAAACUGUAGCACAAUUAAUCAUUACCAUCUGUACAGUUUCCCAGAAGACACAGAAUUACAGAAUCAGGAAAUUCCUCUUGGUCGUCUAAAGUUCUCCGUACUGUAUGAUGUCGCCAUGGAGACGCUGCAGGUCAAUCUUAUCCGAGCUGAGCACUUGCCAGGCCGAAACAACAACAGUGACCGCCGUGACCCGUAUGUGAAGAUCUUCCUUUUGCCAGAUGACAAAACUUGCCGAGUGUCAAAAGUCAUGAAGAAAACGCUGAAUCCUGUAUUUAAUGAAUCUCACACGUUCCAGGUAAGAGCUGAAGACAUCCAGAAGCGUGUCUUACGACUGUCUGUCUACGAUAUUGACAAACGCCGAGUCAGGCACUCCCUGGGUCAUGUGGUCGUCGGCCUGAAACAUCUGGAUCUUACAGGAGCUGACGUUAUACAGGCCCAGCUGGAGCCCACGAUCAGGACAGCUACCUCCAAUGGAGAGCUCCAGAUCAGCCUACUUCAUAUACCUUCUUACGAAAAGAUGAUUGUCACCAUUCACAAUGCCAGAAAUCUGCACCGUCUUGAAAAUUACCCUGGAAUGGGAGCCUAUAUACGAAUUCAUUUGUUUUAUGGCAACAAGUGUCACAGAAUAAAACAGACAGCUGUCCGUCAAGGUGGUGCAGAAAUAAUCUUCAAUGAAACCUUGACAUUCACAUUGAGUGGAAAAUUACUGGAAACAUGCAACUUGAGAAUCUCAUUCAUGCUGACAUCAUCCACCGUCUCUAUGGCCAAUGAAAUUGAAUAUAGCAGAGUGAUUCUGGGGCCUUUCAUGUUUGCGCGUGGCACUGAACUGGCUCAUUGGCAGGAGAUGUUGGCUAAUCCUGAGGUAGCAAGUACCAGAUGGCACAACUUGACUUGUUUAACCUCAUGA